AUGCUCCUCUCGGCUCAAGAUAUUAUCGACGCCCGGAUGGGCUUGUCCGAGAAUCGGUCGCGAGGCAGAGAUCCAACAGAUAUCGCCCAUCUAGUCUACGGCCCACAACCUGGAAAGCAGCACAGGCUGUGGAUCAAAGAUCGUAUCUUGGAGCCUCAAACGCUGUCUCACUUCCUAGAAUUCACCAUGACGGGUAAUCUUCCGGGAGACCGACUAACACCUCCCCCUCUACUCACUCCCGAAGAGGUCGAUCUUCUCAAAACACCUGCUUCGGAAUGGGCGCCGACUCCUUACAACCAGCAGACAAGAUCAACCCUGGACUGGAUGGUAAUUCGAAUUGGCUCUGAGGAAGACAGCUCCCGGCUUUAUGGGAUAGCGAAGGAGCUGCACGCGAUGAAGUCCAGGCUUUGGGAGGGCAUACCCCCAUUGUCUGAGAGACGCUGGCAGGAGCUGAGACUAGACGAACCGGAGAACUUCACAGCCGCUUGUAGUUACUUCGCCAUGGUCAUUGACGUAUUCGCCUAUCUAAACAAUCUGCGUACCAAAGGAGCUUUGCGACAGACCUUUAACUUGAUAUGGGACCACCUGCGGGUAUACGAGCAGGCCUUGAACGCUAAGAGAAGAGAAGACUCGACAGACGGCGCCUAUCAGGAAGUUUCGGUGACUGGCCUUUGGUACUCGUACAUACGGGCUCAUUAUGAUUUGAUAUGCGAAAACGCUCAUCACUGGGUCACUGAGCAUAUCGACCAGAAUCGAGAACCAAUCGUGCACGAACUCGCCCACCAUCAUCCAGAUAACCCAAACCAUUACGACCAUAAGCAGCAAGAUUUGAGGAGCAAGCUCGAUGACCUUAACGAGAACACCUUCAAAGCUGAUUUCAUGAUCUUCAUGCCCACGGAUGGAUACAAAGGCGAUAGGCUUCCAGCCAAAGACACUGAUCUGUUGACACCAGCCCAUAUGAAAGAACUCCGAACGGAGCCUAUCACCAGUUCGGCCAAUAUGAUGUGGCGAGUUGCGGAUUAUACCGAACGCGUGAAGUAUCUUGGCCGAAAAGAGAUGCGCGAGCAUUGCGAGCGAGAAGAUUAUAGAUCGUGGGGAGAUGUGCCUAACAACGACCCCGAGAAGUUGCUCCUCCAUACUAUCAGCCUGAUCGAUGCCCAGAGAAUGGCACGCCACGAGCUCAGAGGCCUUCCACAACCUCCAGAGGUAGAUCGCUGGAUUGAAUACACUAGACUUCAGAAGAAUUUUGGUCUGGGGUUUGUCGCAUAUCGAUUAUGUCACGAUUAUGAACCAGCGACAUGGGAUCUGUUCAAGCGGACAUUUGAGGCAGACGUGGCGGAUUGGGGACGGGGAAAGGUGGACGUUAACGAUAUUCGGAGAGCUUGCAAGAUCCAUUGGAAAGAUGGUCUAGAGAAUGGUAUUGCAGAUGGUGAUAUCGAGGGUGCGAAGAAACAUUUCAGCACCGUCCCAGGGCUUCCAGUUCACAAGCGCGUAUUCCUCGCCAUCGAUGAGUCCACCAUGAAAUCCUUCCUCGAACCCACCGUCAACAACCAGAGAUCCGUUCUUGCAGUCGAUGUCAAGUACGAGCCCGGCCAGGAGGAAGAUGUCGAUUCACCAGGAUACCCAGGGACCUUGCGGAUACUCUGCAGUUUGUUAUGGGACGAGCUCGGCGCAAUGCUGGUUAUGCAGAGUACCUUUCCCCAGGGCCUUUGGCCUAUGGCGACGAGCAAUCCCGAGAUGAUCUACGUGGGUACGAAGCUUACUCCUGUGCUCAAGUUCCCGAGUUAUCAAGAGACGCUGUGGUGGGAGAUUGCGAGGUAUUUGGUGCCUAAACGCGUGCUUGACAAGCGUGCUAAGCUGGUCCGUAAAUAG